CGGAGGGAGGGAGGGACAUGAAGAGCAAAUAGUAGAAGGUAGACACAAACCCUUACCUACAAGUGAACACAGGUCUUAUCAUGAAGAAACACAUGUCUACAGAUUCCACUGCUCUUGAGGAGAGGGCUAGAAAUGGAAUGGUUUAAUUUUAAAACAGAAUGUGGAGCUUUUGUGGUCUAAUAAUGAUUUUGUGAAGCUUUGUAGGCUUACUGCCUCAACUCAGUGAGAGACACUGAUGGUCUGUAUAGAGGCAGACAGAUGUAAUCUGUGCCGUCUAGGUCAACUUGCUGUUUGGGAGCACAGGGAAUUAGAGAUCCCUGCCUGCCCUCCCUGUGUUUCGAAUGAAUCCUGCUGCCAGCAAGGCUCCCAUCCCAACCCAUCCCCUGUGUGUGUGCACAUUCCUGCGUGCCUGUGUACAGAUGUAGGAUCUUAAUUUGACCAGUCUUUCAUUGCUAAAAAUGUUCCUGCACAGCAGGAAAUGCUAACUUGUAAUGUUUUUUGAGUUUUAGAAUGGCUUCUAAAGUUUGUCUUUUCCACUUUGACUUGAUUUGCCCAAAUGAAAGUAUAUCAACGCCUACAAAAAUGUUGAUUCAUUAUAAUUCACAUAAUAAUUCACAUUUCCUGUUGCUGCAGAAUUUUGUUUCUGCAGUAGCAAACUGGCUCAUAUUAAAAUCCUACAUCUGUAUGUGUGCUUGUGUUUUGUCAGGCUUUCUCUUUUUUAAUCCCUGGUGACAGAGCCAAGAAAAGUUCCGCCACACAGGACAGCAUUGUGCCGCUGGAGAGGCAGAGGUGACGGUCACGGAGGGAAACGGAUCCUGACGCUGUCCUCUCUCUCCUCUCUGGAUCAGAGCUCAGUGGGCAGGGCUCAGAGCACAGAGGACACUGACCUGUCUGUCCUGUGUGAGGGCCAAAGCUAUACUGACUAGACCAACCAGGGUCCUAUGGAGCUCUGUCCCUGCUUCUAUCCAGCCUCUCGCUCUUUCUCUUUUACACUCUCUCUCUCUCUCUCUCUCUCUGUCUCUGUCUCUGUCUCUGUCUCUCUCUCUCUCUCUCUCUCUAUCUUUGUCUCUCUCUCUUUUGUCUCUCUCACUCUCUCUCUCUCUGUCUCUCUCUCUCUUUGUCUCUCUUUGUCUCUCUCUCUCUGUCUCUCUCUCUCUGUCUCUCUCUCUCUCUCUCUCUCUCUCUCUCUCUCUCUCUCUCUCUCUCUCUCUCUCUCUCUAUGUCUCUCUCUCUCUCUUGUACUCUCUCUGCCAAUACUUCCAGUGAGUAAUUGGGUGCUGGCCGGCUCUCCUACUGUAGGUGGAGCUGGCUUUCCUGGAAUUGUGGGGCAGCUCUUCCUGUUGUGCUUGCUACUUGCUACCUCUUGCUCUCCGUCUCCUGGUUCCUGGUUAAUGACAGCCCUGCUCCGCUACCGCAGGAUUACUGCCUUAUGAAGACUUGUUCCAUCUGGAUGCUGGCCUCUCUUCUGUUACUGCACUCUGCCACCGCCUCGUUUCGGAGGGGAGGGGGGGGUUAUUUUGUUGUUGUUUAAUAUACUUUCAUGAUUUGGGUCAGAAGUUCCCCCUCAACUGAAAUGUCUCUGCAGUGCAAAGCAGGGCAACAUCCAUCGAUAGCUGAUCAGCUUCCUUGGAUUUUGCUGACGACACCGCUUUGUUGUGCGUGAAGAUGGAAACACUGGAGUCGGAGCUGACCUGCCCAAUCUGUCUGGAGCUCUUCGAGGACCCACUGCUCUUGCCCUGCGCUCACAGCCUGUGUUUCAACUGUGCCCACCGCAUCCUAGUCUCCCACUGCACCCCCAACGAGCCUGUGCAGUCCAUCAGCGCCUUCCAGUGCCCAACCUGUCGCUAUGUCAUCACCCUCAGCCAGAGGGGCCUAGAAGGACUGAAGCGUAACGUCACUCUGCAGAACAUCAUUGACCGCUUUCAGAAGGCUUCCGUCAGCGGGCCCAACUCCCCCAGUGAGACUCGCCGCGAGAGGGCCGCCCUAGACAGCACGGUCAUGACCUCCCCCAGCGAGAGGGUGCAGUGUCAGUUCUGUGAGCAGGACCCUCCCCAAGACGCCGUCAAGACCUGUGUCACCUGUGAGGUGUCCUACUGCGACGAAUGCCUGAAGGCCACCCACCCCAAUAAGAAGCCCUUCACUGGCCACCGUCUGAUCGAGCCCAUGCCGGACUGCCACCUCAGGGGACUCAUGUGUCUGGAGCACGAGAACGAGAAGGUGAACAUGUACUGUGUCACAGAUGAACAGUUGAUCUGUGCCUUGUGCAAACUGGUCGGUCGGCAUCGGGACCACCAAGUAGCAGCACUCAGCGACCGCUACGAGAAACUGAAGAGAACUCCAGACUGCUAUCUCAGUGAGAGGAGCGAACAGGAGGAAACAGAUCAGGUGAUAUAUACGCAAGCCUUGGACUCUAACCUCAGCAAUCUAAUCAAGAGGAACAAUGAGUUGGAAACUAUGAUGGGCAAGUUGAUUCAGACUUGCCAACAUGUGGAGUGCAACGCAUCAAGACAAGAGAACAAACUCCUUGAAGAAUGUGACCUCCUGAUCGACAUCAUACAGCAGAGAAGGCAGAUGAUAGCCACCAAGAUAAAGGAGGGCAAGGCUAUACGGCUGCGAAAGCUAGCCCAGCAGAUCGCCAGCUGCAAGCAGAUAAUUGAGAGAUCGUCGUCCCUCAUCACUCAAGCUGAUCACACCCUCAAGGAGACAGACCAUGCCCGCUUCCUGCAAACAGCCAAAAGCAUCUGUGAAAGAGUGUCCAUGGCAACAGCAUCCUCUCAGAUCCUGAUACCAGAGAUCAACCUAAAUGACACCUUUGAUACGUUUGCGUUGGACUUCACAAGGGAAAAGAAAAUGCUGGAAAGCUUGGAUUACCUCACAGCACCAAAUCCCCCAAUAAUCCGGGCGGAAUUAUGUACGGCAUCGAACGACACCAUCACUGUUCACUGGACGUCUGAUGACGAGUUCUGUGUGGUCUCCUAUGAGCUUCAGUAUGCCAUCUUCACCGGACAAGCCAAUGUUGUCAGUUUGUGUAACUCGGCUGAUAGCUGGAUGAUUGUGCCCAACAUCAAGCAGAACCACUACACGGUGCAUGGACUCCAGUGUGGCACCAAGUACAUGUUCAUCGUCAAGGCCAUCAAUCAGGCAGGGAGUCGCAGCAGUGAGCCUUGGAAACUCAAGACCAACAGUCAACCAUUCAAGUUGGACCCAAAGUCUGCUCACAAGAAGCUGAAGGUCUCCCAUGACAACCUGACAGUGGAGCGAGACGAGACGUUGUCCAAGAAGAGCCACACUCAGGACCGCUUCACCAGCCAGGGCAGCUACGGCGUCACAGGGAAUGUGUACAUCGACAGCGGGCGCCACUACUGGGAGGCCUUGAUAGGAGGGAGCACAUGGUUUGCUGUGGGCGUUGCUUACAAGUCAGCACCGAAACAUGAGUGGAUCGGCAAGAACUCUGCCUCGUGGGUACUGUCUCGCUGCAACACCUCCUGGGUAGUACGUCACAACAGCAAGGAGAUGCCCAUCGAACCGUCCCCCCACCUGCGUCGCGUGGGGGUGUUGCUGGACUACGAUGCUGGCUCCCUGGCCUUCUACGACGGCGCCGGCUCACAGCACCUGUACACGUUCGACAUCGCCUUCGCUCAGCCAGUCUGUCCCGUGUUCAACGUGUGGAACAAGUGUCUGACCGUCCUCACAGGGCUGCCCAUCCCAGACCACCUAGAGGGAACAGACUGCCGGGAUUAACAGUCCAGCUAAUAGAACACAGAGACACAGAGGGAGCAGAACAAACUGACUACAGCCUCACCUGGCUGCCUUUUUGUCACAUCACCAAUGCUGUAUAAAACAGAAUAAAGCCACGGUCACAGAUAUCUCUAAUCAUGCUCUUACUAGAACUAAAUUAAUUUCUUGAAUUAUUUAUGGAAACCAUUUAUUGGAUUGUAUUUCUUGCUUUGCACAUUAAUGUACACUACUAUAUGGUAUGCGUGUUGCGUUUUGGGGUGCGCUGAGAGAAGGAGAUGGAUAUAACGUUUUGAAAUUCAGUCAAACGUAUUUUCAUGCAGCUCUGAGAAUAGUUGAUUUCCUUCUUACAAAUGUAGAAGGUUGUUUCCGUCUUUCCGUGUGUCCAUCGUUGGCAGCGUGUUGAUGAACGGUUCGUGUGCAACCUGUUGAUUUUGACACGGCAUCACAGCAGCAGUACCACGGAUUACUUCAUAAAGCAGUCGUAACAGGGUUAGUCAUCUACACCUGUUCUGUUUCAUGCAGGUGUACCAAGAUCCUCUCUACAAUUAGAGUUAUAAUAAGCAUGUUAAGAGUUAUUUUAAGAGUUCUUCUUAGGGUGAUUUAGUGCACUGACAACUCGACUAUGAUUGACAAAUUAACCGAGACAAUUCUUUAUCUUCUCUUUGUUGAAAACCACUAUGAUGUUAAAAAGCUUACUAUUGCUGAAAAUGUACAUUUGAAAUAGAAGCCAUUUUAAGUUACAUUUCGACACAGAAAUAACUUAUAGAGUCGAUUGAAACACCACCGCGUCACAUGGUGAUGGAAUUUUGAAUAUUGAAUAGCUCCUUAUGUGUUUCUGCUAAAGACCAGAGAGGUGAAGCGAGAGGGAUAACUGGACGUUUUAUUUAUUUUUUGCUCACCAAGCACAGGAGUUUUUUGUCUGGUCAAAUAAAGUGUCGAAUUUGGUUUUGAAAAAUGCGCUUAUUUGCUACUUGUGGCUUAUUUGAUUGAAUAUAACUUUCAGAAUAAUUAGGUUGUUACGUGUGUACUGAUAUAAGUAGGACAUGCAGGCCACUUCGAGAAAAAACAUUUUAUAUUGGAGUUGUACAUGGUCGUCACUAGUUACCGCAGCCACAAAGUUUUUUAAUGAUUUAUUUGAUGAUAUAUACUGUAAUUUCGACUUUGUGUAUGUGGUAGUUAGUUGAAAACAUUGUGCCUGUUCACACGCGUCCUAAAAUUCUAAAUCAAAUGGCUAAAUUAUACAUUUUAUGACCAAUUCCAUAUGUUAGCUUAGUAGAUAUUGCGAUCUAAUGGGCUUAGACCUACAGGGAGUUACUUGUAAUUAAAUGCACCAUGUGCAAUCUCUGUAAAUACCUUGCUGUUUUCUUCUCACAUAUUGGCUCUGUAUGUUCACAUACAUUUGGUAUUUGAACAAUUGGACUUUUUCUGAUGCCUGCAUCAUUAUUUUCACACUAGUAUACAUUCUUUGUUAAAAAUGUAAUAAAGUGACAUCAACACA